GAAAGAAAACAUACCGCUCUCUCUUGUUCUUGUGCCCAGUGAACAAACCAGACAACCCCCGCAGUACCGAGACCGGUCAUUGCUAACGUCACCUUAGAUGCUUUGGACAUGGUGAUCAAUCGAUUCUUGAUAUCAACCUCAAAUUAGCAAUUGCGACAAACGUAUUCUCUAUCUUGCAAACAACAAUGCCUCUGCUCUCGAACCAGCAAUAUUUUCCUCAGGCCUCGCCGGAUUAUCGCUGGUUAUCAGAACAGGCGGUGACUGGCGGCAGAACCCCGACCGCCCAGGGGCUCAUCGGCGACAUCACUCCGCCUAUCUGUCCCGUUGCGCUGAAUAGAACGUUCAUAUCGAAUAUUUGAAGGAAUAAACAGGCAAUAUGUCGGCUCAGAACUCCGCGGGCAUCCAAACCCUCCUCGAUGCCGAGAGAGAGGCCCAGAAGAUUGUGCAGAAAGCCAGAGAAUACCGUACUAAGCGGAUAAAGGAUGCCAAGUCGGAGGCACACAAGGAGAUAGAGGAAUACCGUCAGCAGAAGGAGGAAGAAUUCAAGAAGUUCGAGGGAGAGCACUCGAGCGGAUUCAAGAAGGCCGAAGAAGACGCGAGCAAGGAAGCCGAGGCAAAACUUGCAGAUAUCAAGACCGCUGGCGGCCAGCACGGCGACAAGGUGGUCGAUGGCCUUAUCCAUGGAGUGGUGGAUGUGAAGCCUGAGCCCUCGGAGAAGAUCUUGGCCAAUGCAUAGAUCGAAUGAAGGCGUUGGUUGUCUGUUUCUACUAUGGCGCAUACUUAAAUGACAUGUUCUUGGUUUCAAUUCAAUUGCUGUUUUCGGAUAUAAUCUUUAAGAAGCGGCUCUCUGAGAUCACCGUAGUUCGAUAUUUAUGCCUGAGGCAGUAAAUCUAGCCCUUUGCGUCAUCAGGCACCGCGACUCGACCAAGAUACGGAGUAA